CGGAUGGUCAGUCAGGCAGCCAUGCGAGCCCAGAGAGUGGUGGAGAGCGAGUGUCGGUGCUGGAACUCGGCCGUCUGGCUCCUGGUGUCCUUGCUGGGAUUCCUAAUCCUGGUGGCCUUCAGUGUGCUGCUGCGACUUGGGGACGUCAAAAUAAGCAGGAGAGCUCUGCCCACCAAUGGCGUGCAAGCCCCAGUGAGGACGCCGUAUCAAGUGCAACUGGUGAAUGGACGCGACCGGUGUGAGGGAAGAGUGGAGGUGCGCUACAACGACUCGUGGGGGACGGUGUGCGAUGACGAGUGGGACAUGGUGGACGCCAACGUGGUGUGCAGGCAGCUGGGAUGCGGCGUGGCGGUGGCGGUGGGCACCAGCUCCCAGUUUGGCCAGGGAACGGGGCCCAUCCAUCUGGACAACGUGGACUGCAGGGGGAACGAAACAGACCUGAGCCAGUGCAGGAGUCUGCCGUGGGACGUGCACAACUGCUAUCAUUACGAGGACGUGGCUGUCACCUGCAGAGAACCAGCUGUGAUCGGCGCAAAGGGCUUUGAGAGUCUCACUACUCCAUCCAGAGAGAACUCCAGUUUAGUAGAUGGCUCCAUCCGUUUGGUGAAUGGACAGAACACCUGCCAGGGCCGAGUAGAGAUCUACUACCACGGUGUGUGGGGGACGGUGUGUGAUGAUGACUGGAAUCUCAACAAUGCCCGGGUUGUUUGCCAACAGACAAGCUGUGGCAUUGGCGUCUAUGCUCACACCAACGCCUACUUUGGCCACGGUACAGGUCCGAUUCACCUGGACAACGUCAACUGCUACGGGGUUGAGUCGGAGCUGGCCGAGUGCAAAAGCCUGGGCUGGGACAAGCACAACUGUGGCCACCACGAAGACGCUGGCGUCACCUGCACCGGAUCAACCACUACACCUUCUUCAGCAACACAGAACCAGAGAGCAAUCUGGGGAACACAAAACACAGCAGCCACAGACAGCGCUCUUGUCACCAAGUCACCCAGUACAACAACUACUGUCACAACUGCUGUGGUUAAAGACGCAGCGCCCAUCCGCGUGGUGAACGGCAACAGCACCUGUCAGGGUCGCGUUGAGGUCCUCUACAAAACAGUCUGGGGGACGGUGUGUGACGAUGACUGGGACAUAACCAACGCCGAGGUGGUUUGCAGGCAGCUGGGCUGUGGCCCGGCUGUCUCCGCUAAGGUCAUGGCCUACUUUGGUUACGGCUCGGGCCCCAUCCUGCUGGACAACGUGGCCUGCAGCGGCACCGAGCAGGCUCUGUCCCAGUGCUUCAACCUGGGCUGGGGUCAGCACAACUGCGGCCAUCACGAGGAUGCUGGAGUCAUCUGUGCGCCUUACACUGCAGUGACACGUGACUUCCAGGUGACAGCAGGCAUCCCCACCACAACCACCCCACAACCCUCUGAGGGCAUGCUGAGAUUGGUAGGGGGUCGGCACCAGUGCGAGGGCCGGGUGGAGAUUUACCUAAAUUCUGGAUGGGGCACGGUGUGCGACGACGCCUGGGACCUCCGUGACGCUCGGGUGGUGUGUCGCCAGCUGGGCUGCGGGGAGGCCACGGCAGCCCGGGGGGAGGCUUCCUUCGGGCCUGGGGCGGGGACGAUCCUGCUGGACAAUCUGAAGUGCAGCGGUGCCGAGGCCUCCCUGAUCCAGUGCUCCCAUAUAUCCUGGAACGUGCACAACUGUGACCACUCCGAAGAUGCUGGCGUCACCUGCUCACUGUUGUGA